AUGACUAGUGUAGGAUAUGGUACUGGUACUAUUAAAUUCGUACCGAAUAAUAAACAGAGUCCUUCACUGAAUUAUUCACAGAGAUCACUGAUCGAAGUACUUCAAUUGGAUAUUGGUGGUUAUUCAUUGCGAGCAUGUGAUCUAGAUAAUAAGAAAGAAAAAAUCUUCGAUUUUCAAUUUAAAAACUCUGAUUUCUACAAAUUUGCACAUUCACCUAAUCAGCGAGAUGAAAUUCGUCAUAAUGAUGGCACUUAUUAUGUAUCUUUAAACCAGCACGCACGUACUCAGUUUCACAAAGCACUACGCCAAUGUUUCGAGCUAUUGGAGAGUAAGAACCAACAAUCAGCAGAUGUCGAUUCAGGUAGAUCAUCUGAGAACAAAACAUCAACUGGAUUAUCGGACACAAGAACCAAUGUCAACGAAAAAACUAUUUUCGUCGAAAUUCACAAUUUGAGUGAAUAUAUUCAACACGGUGAAGCUAAUAAAGCUGAUGAAUUGAUUAAGAAAUUAAUAAAGAGCGGUGUUCAACUUCAAGUUAAACAUUUAAAAGAACCAUUAGAUGAACAAACAUUUCCAAUUCGAAUUAAAAUUGAUGGUUUUGAUUCAGACAUAACAGAUUUAAACAAAUUUUUUGAUGUCGAUGUUUAUCCAUCAACCACAGUUCAUGAAUUACGAGCAUUUUUUGAAUACACACUUAAAUUUCCAUUGGCAAAUCAAUAUUUUUUUGUUAAUGGUCAUUUAGCUCAUGCAGAAUCAACAAUGAAUGAUUUAAAAGUUAAAAAUGGUUCACUAUUUGUUUUAUUUUUAAUUAAAAAAUAG